GGCAGUGAAAGCUAGCGCGCAUGAAAGGAAAAGACCAGACACACACAGGCACACACACAGGCACACACAGACACACCCGGCGUUGCCCAUGCGAUGUGAAGAAGGCUGCAGGGCCCCGUCCGGGGUCGGUCGUCGGCGAAACCUGCCGGCCCGCGACUGCUGCUGGGCUGCUUUUCUUUCGGGUGACCCGAUCACCUCCUCGACAUCCACCCCUCCCUCUACGCCUCCCCUCCGUCAGGGCAUCCGGUCCAAGAUGAUUCAGUUAAAGACGAUGCUCAACUGCAUCGACAACUCCGGCGCCGCCGUUGUCGAGUGCGUGAAUGUCCUGAAGAAGCAGCGCCCGGCCACCGUGGGUGACCGUAUUGUGGUCGUCGUCCAGAAGCAACGAAACUUCGGUCCCGACAGCACCAACAACGUCGGUAUCGCGAACAAGGUCCGUCGAGGAGAUAUCCGCCACGCCGUUGUCGUCCGCGCGAGAAAGGAGAUGCAAAGGCCGGAUGGGUCGAUUGUCAAGUUCGACGACAACGCCUGUGUCCUGGUCAACAAGUCCGGAGACCCUAUCGGAACGAGAAUGAACGGUGUCGUGGCUACGGAACUACGAGGAAGACAGUGGUCCAAGAUUCUGUCGUUGGCCCCCAUGCAUGUGUAGGAUAUACCUUUUGGAAGCGAAUUGUUCUUUUCCCUAUCUAGUUUGUAGCAAUAGAAGUUUCUUUCUCUUUUCAAACACCCCUUUCCUAUUCAAACAUCGCCAGAACUCCACAAAGAUGCUGCUGCAAAGAGCCAAGAUUGGGUAUCAGGUACAUGACAAAUAUAUGAUA